GUAGAUUCUUAAGAAUGAAGCUGUGAAUAAAGAAAUCCAAAAAAAUGCCCGACUUGGUCCUCUGUCUGGCGCUUGUCCAGUAGUCAACGUCUCCGCCAGUGGUCGUGACGGCUACUCGACCCAAGUGAGCCUACUCGAACCUUAAAUGCACCACAAGGAAGGUGAAUAAAGAGUGGACGACGUCGAUCGUCGACUCUUUGCUAAAGAACUUCUUUCGUCAUUGUCCUUACAUCUUCAAAAAGCUGGACGAAAAAAUGCCCCCGCCGAAGCUGCAGUUUUGUGUGGACGUGGAGCCGGAGGACACGGUGUCCAUGACGUGGUUAUCAAAAGGAAAAAUUCCCCCUCCUCAUACUGGAAAGGUACACGUUUGGAAAUCUGUGAUGCUGAUUUGUGGCCACAAGUCGUGUCUGUCUUGCAAGAAGGCAACUCCGCAGACAGCCGCCGCAUUGCGCAGGCGGUUUGUCAUGCUGUUGGGCCUACAGCGCGGACGUUUGUUAUGCUAAGCGCCUACGCCAAAACCUCUCUACUCAGACUUGAUAUGGGCCUGCAGUGCUCUCCAGCAAGACAGCCCGGAUCUGUGUACACAAAUCCGGCAUCAGAGACUUCGUUUUGAUAUGGGGAGGGGGGAACUUUCGUCCUUUCGAUAGUGGUCCGUCGGAGCGGACGGGAGCAUCGAGCAUCGACCCAGCGGGAUGAAUAUCAGGUGGAAAUUAUGUGUCUGGGUCUCGAUGCAAGGCUGUAUAAGGGGGGGGCGCAUACUUAAUUUCAGUAAGUACGCAUCGAAACAUGAUAAAUGCCGAGCUGCUUUCUGUUGCGUAUUUCGCAUGAUGGAAAAUCACCGGCUCUGCAUGACGACAGGCAAGAGUGGUCUAGGUCUUCUUGUUCCGGUCGUUGUGCAUCACAGAUUUCAGAGCCAUUUCAGACAAGUAUGACAAAUUCCAGACCCAGACACAUUUGCAAUGCAUAAUGAAGAUAUCCGCGGAGGGCGGCGUGCAGAUGGAUGGGCAACAGUAUUCAUAUCAAAUGUAAAAAUGUCUGGGUCUGGAAGAAUGCAUGUUUGUCAUGCUUGUUUGGCAUGACUCUUAAAUCUGUCAUGCAAGUUACCCAAGAGCUCCAUUUUUCUGUGAUGCAGAAACGCAGUUUGUCAUGCAGAACAGGCAACCCCUAGAAGCUCAGAAACUUGUGAUGCUGAGCCAGCAUUUCUGGCCUCAUCAUGAGACGCCACCCAGCAUCACAAGUUUCCAGACCCAGACAUUUUUACAUUUGAUAACUCACUCUUUUAGAUUCGUGGUCUGAUCAACGGAGAACUUGUUCGCAUGACAGAACUGCGUAUCAUCGACGUGCGCGCAUGGGCAGUACAGAUUAUGAUAUGUUGAGACUUGACUUAAGUACAUAUACACAGGUAUAAGCUCUCGCCCGCCGACAUAGAGCUAGAGGACAACAUGCUGGGCCUAUUACAAUGAAAAAUGCCCCCACCCCCGAACUUGAAAGCAUUUGUAUUGCAAAUCUUUCCAAAUGAAACAUUCGCCCUCUUGCGUGUAUCAGCAUCACGGAUUUCCGAUCGUGAAUAGCAAAAAUUUGUAUUGCAAAAGAUCCCAGCAAGAGCGGUGCUUGUCAUGCAAGCGAUGCGAAACACGACUAGAAUCUGCAUCAGAAAGAUUCGCACUCCUUUCAUGCAUGACAAAAAGCUUUCAUUUGGAAACUUCGCAUCACAAAUUCUUGCAAUUUGGGGUGGGGGGCAUUUUUCACUGUGAUAGGGCCACGGCGCCGGUAUGAAAUGCAGCCCUACUAUGGUUCAAGGUUGUGAAGAGGAGAUUUUUUUUUUUAGAUUUGUAGUUUCUGCAGGACCUUUUGCACCGACCGAUGUAGGAAGACACACCGAAGGAUGUGUAGUUUUUUAUCUGCUAUGUUUUGUUGCAAUCAAUAUUCUGCAGUCUAAGCAGAACGUCGAUGGCCUUAAAAGAUCAGUUGUCGCAUGUUGAAUCAAUUUACAUAGUGAUUUCAUUUACAUCUCCCUUUCGCCACUUGAAAAAUAUUUUUCCCAAUCGCAUACCGUGCGGCAUCGUGCAAAAGGGCAUUCACAAGCCCACCGGGACGCCGGUGGCGAUAAAAACGAUAAAAGUGGACGCGAAGGCGAAGAAAGAGCAGAUGCUGAACGAAAUAAAGGGACUCAUAAAUGCCCAGGGCUGCCCGCAGCUAGUCCAGUGGUACGCAGCUUUCGUCGCGAAAAACACCGGCGCCGUACACGUGGCACUGGAACUCAUGGACCGCGGUAGCCUGGUAUGCAAUAUUACAAAUUUACCGUACAACAGAACGUGUACCGCAGUGCAACAUCAUGUAUGAGAAUAUAUUGCAAACCUCCGCCGGAAGCGAAGAGGCAAAGUGUCAUGUGAAAUAAAGAGAGGAAAGUGGCGCUGUCUUUCGGGGGCCGCAGUCUUGCUUCGUCGUGUGCGGUAAAUUUGCAGAGAAUAUCCGGCUGACGUCAAGAAGAGACUUCCCGCCGACGUCAAGGGGGUGCCAGAAAAAAUCCUCGCAAGUACAACUACCUGGAUAAGUCUGUGAUGCAGAAAAUGCAAAACAGUGGCACUUGUCAUGCUACUUGGACAGCCAAUGUAUCGACUUCUAUGUUAUCCAAAAAACUACUACAACAGGUAUAGCGCAAGACGUCCUGCUCGGGCUUGCACAUCUUCACGGAAAAAAGAAGAUGCUGCAUCGGGACAUAAAGCCAGAGAACAUUUUGAUGAACAGCACGGGGCACGUGAAGCUCACCGACUUCGGGAUAUCAAGGGACUUGAAUUCGACCGUAGCCAUGGCAGCGACGUAUAUAUAGUUUUCUGUUUUUCUUGUAGUUCCUCACCUUGCUGCUCAUCGAUUGAGGCCGAGGCUGUCUACGAUAUUAUCUGUCUAGUAUCUCGGCGAUCUAUCGUCUGUCAUCUGAUAUGAUCAAGCACUGUUUCUGCGUUCUAGAUCUUGUGAUGCGGUGCGACACUGCAACUUGUGCCCUUUUGCGGUGAUGCGAAUUGGAUGAAGAAACCGAUCAUCUUGUAGGUUUGUCGGCACUGCGACGUACAUGUCCCCGGAACGCGCACUAGGCCAAGACUACAGCUUAUCAUGAGAAAAAAGUGUUACAGUGACACAUUUGUUGGAGUUUCUGCAUCACAAAUUUUCUCUGUGUGGCAGAGAAAACUUGUAAUGCGAAGAUCAUAAGGGAAAACAGGAAGGAAACGAGGCUUCCAAGCAUUUCCUGCAUGAGAGAGGUUGUCUGUGUUGCCGGUCUUGCAACGCAAUGUGUCACUGUAACACUUUUUUCUUGCGAUACAGCUACGCCUCAGACAUAUGGAGUGUGGGGAUGGUCAUCUACGAGCUUGCGACGCGACAGUACCCCUUCCCGAACAUAACCUCAUUUCCCGUGCUGUUCGACUAUCUCUGCACUCGACAGGAGCCCCGGCUGGACAAGGAAACGUACUGACUUAAAUGCAAAAAAGCAAAUGCAUUUGAAUGAUUGAACAUCAAAAACGCAGUGUCAAAGGGAACCACCGUAGUUUGGAAUAUGAACACUUAAACUUAUGCAUUCAUCCUUCCUAUACGAUUCUGUACAACCACAGGUAUUCUCCUGAACUUUGCGAAUUCAUCGAAAAAGCGCUGGUGCGCGAUACAACCUUCCUAUCACACAGAAAAGUUGUACACCCAUCUAAUGAUCAGCAAAAAAAAAAAGAACUUGUGUUGCUGUAUCGACUUACUUAUUGGUCCUGCGAGUACAAAAAUCUUGUGGUGCUGUGUCACCUGCAAUUGCAAUCAUACGCAAGUACCAGUGGAGGGGUUCGGGUGCCAAAAAACUUGUCAUGCUGCACAGCCACUUCAAGAAGCUUUCGCGAGAAGAAGGUAAAAACUACCACAACACACAUAGUCGGAAAUGCUAGGGGUGCGCUUUUCUAUGUGAUUCGUGCGGCUGGGUGCGGAUAAUUUAUUGCAGUUGCCGUUCAUAAUAUCGCAAGUGAAAACUACUGAAACUGAUUCACUGCCAAGAUAAAACUGGGGGGGCUGGACAACAUCAUCAGACAGACGCGUUUUGUCUUGCUAGAAAUGCCAGACAGAGGAUCAUUUUUAGCCGUGUUUCUUUGGUAUGAGAGGUACGCAUUUGAGACUUUGUUUGUUUGUGAUGCAUGAAGACGAACGUGUGCUGAGGCGCCAGGUCCUGCAAAAUAUCGUUACAGUGACUCACAACUUUUUCGAGCGAUACACAAAAAAGGCCGCAACCCACGAGGAGGUAGCGAAGUGGCUCACAGACAACGGGUUUGGGACAUGAUAGGGGGAAUCGCUUAAGAAAGAGAAUUUGUAUGUAGUGAGGUCACCGAACGGUUCUAACCGGGGAGUUUUUUUGCCACCAAGACAGCAAAACGACCGGCAGUUUUCAAGCGGCCGGACGGCUUUUUGCACGAAAAAAGUCUCCACUUAUCAAGCGGCCCUGGCUGACCUGGCACCGAAUCGCCAGCGGAUUCUAUCGGUCGCCGCUUGAAAAAACGACGCAGAGGAGCCAGCAAAAGGGGCGCCAUUCUGAGGCGCCCAGCGCACCUGAUUCCGCCGAUUUGGGGCGCCCAAAAAGGGGCGCCGAAAAAAUGCCAAGACGACAAAAGCGGCGAAUCCGUAUGCUAUGGCCACCAUUUUUGGCCACUUUCGGAGGUCGCAAAGACGGCCACCAAAGUCGGGCAUUUGUAAUGCGGGGAGCAAUCCAAAAAGUGCGACUUUUCAACAAAAAGCAACAAAAAGCGGAAAGCUCGCCAAAAGCUAAAAGCUAACCCGCAUGCUAUGGGCCCAAUUUUGGGGGCCCAUGGGGCCGGGCUUGGUGGAGGCCCGGGGGUGGCUAUAGCAUGCGGGAAGGCGUUUCGAUUCAGGAGGCGGCAGGGGCGCGGCUUUUCAACAAAAAAAACCAAAGGACGCAAAUCCCGCCAAAUGCAGCAAGCCAGCCCGCAUGCUAUGGGCCCGAUGUGGGCGGCCCACAGGGCCGACCCUGGCGGAAGCCCUCGUGGGGCCAUAGCGUGCGGGAGAGCGUUUCUCCUGUGGAAAGAGCAAAAAGACCCGGCGUCGUCGAGUCAAAAAAACCCCGCUUGACCUCACUACCCCCGCCUCGGCGGCUAUAUUUGGUAAGGGUCCCACUAUUUCAAUAUGUCGAGCUCAGCUUCUAGUUCUAAUAUCGGAAUGCACAACUACUCCCCGGCGCCCCCUUCAUUCGUCAUGCAAAAUGCACAAUCUAGUUGCUGCGUUGGCAGUGUUUGCAUCCCGAACUCAUCCGGAAGCCCAAACAGCACAAUUCUUAUGCACGAACUCCACGUGUGCUGGUGUUUGCUUUGCUGUUAAUCGACCACACAAGUGAGGGGGAAGGGGAGUUGUGCACGCUCAUAGUCUACGUCUACGAGCCAGUUACUUAAAAUGUACCUGAUAGCAUUUCUUGUACUACACCACUAGUGCUGCUCUUUACUUCUACUGUUGCGUCUGUACAACUCAAGCACAUUUUUCUAGUAGCGCGACCUUCGGUAAUAUUAUCUCCAAAAAGUCAAAAAAUGUCGACGCGAUCUUCAUUGAUACUCUUAGUACUUAUUUCUGCUUAUGGAUUACGAUUACGAUUGUACUGACCGGGCUCAUCUACCUCUCUUGUACGCCCUUAAUAGAGCUACUUCGGCACCUAGAAGUUUUCCGUCCUGCGGCACUUCUGGAAAUUCCGGGGUUAAGAUCCUGACGUGGUGUGCGACCGCGCUCCGUUCAGAAGUUAGGAUCGAACAAGUGUAUGAGCAUGCUUCUGCCGAUUUCCUGUCGGAAGCAAGCAAGAGUGUGGGUCAGGCUUGGGAGCUCCUGCGAUAGUCGUGUACAACGUAUACUUGUCAUUUAGUGCUGUACAACUUGACAACAUGUUCAAGAAUUUUUACUCUAGUCAAACAAAGUUCUUGUCUCUACUGCUUCAUCGCAAAUGUUGACACUGACCGAGUUGUGCUUUUUCCAAAGUCCUUUUUCUACUUUUUGUCUUCCACCUUUCCGAAGGUGUGUGCUGUCAUUGCGAGAACUAGUGACAGCUUUUCCCGGGGGGCUGCGCCACAGACCGCUGGAAGUUGCUGGGCCUGGUACUUAUUAAACAAGAAGAAUUGAAUUUAUUAUGCGGAAUCGGCUGCUGACUUCGAAACGGACGAAAAGAAAAAAGAAAACACUCGCUCGCUACCAACAU